GUUAUUUCAGCAGAAAAUAGAAAAAAUGCAACCCGGCAAAUUGUAAUUAUGUACGAAUUUUGCAUUUGCUCUGUUCUUUCCAGGGGCGUAUAUUGAGGGGUUCGUUUUUUAUUAUUCUGGGUUUAGCGCUGACAAAUCGAAGACAAACAAUACAAUGCCUUACGCCAAUCAGCCUACAAUCGCAAUCACGGAACUUACGAAAGACAAUGUGAAAUUUGUUAUUGAAGAUACAGAUCUCAGUGUUGCAAAUUCACUCCGCCGGGUAUUUAUUGCAGAGGUUCCCACACUUGCGAUUGACUGGAUUCAAAUUGAGGAAAAUUCUUCAGUAUUGAAUGAUGAAUUUUUAUCACAUAGGAUUGGAUUGAUUCCAUUAACAUCCGAUGAGAUAGUGGACAAAAUUCAGUACUCAAGAGAUUGUAUGUGCGAUGAAUUCUGCCCAGAAUGUUCAGUGGAAUUUUAUCUCGAUGUCAAAUGUACAAGUGAAAGCACGCGACAAGUUACUACUCGUGAUUUAAUAUCCAUGAAUCCAAAGGUUGUUCCAGUUACAUCGAGAAGUAGAGGAGACGAGGUUGAAAAUUAUGGAGAACAAGAUGACAUACUGAUUGUUAAAUUAAGAAAAGGACAAUGUCUAAAAUUCAAAGCUUAUGCUAAAAAGGGAUUUGGUAAGGAACAUGCUAAAUGGCAAACAGUUUGUGCAUGUGCUUUCGAAUAUGACCCAGAUAACGCACUUCGUCACACAACUUAUCCAAAACCCGAAGAAUGGCCUAGGAGCGAACACAGUGAUCUCACAGAUGAUGAUGAUAGACAUCAAGCAGAAUUUGAUCCGAAUGGCAAAGCAAACAAAUUUUUCGUCAAUGUGGAAUCUACAGGAGCCAUAAAACCAGAGAACAUCAUUCUGUCAGGGCUCUCUGUUCUUAAGAAAAAGCUCAGUGACCUCCAAACACAGCUAAGCCACGAAUUGCAGCAAGAUGGACUAACUAUCGCAUGAUGAUGCUGAGAAAGGAUCAUUUGGUCAUAAAGU